AUGCAUGUUGUUAUUAAUGCAAUUACACAUCCAAAAAGUGUUGAACGUGUGGAUAGUGAAGAUAAUAAACAGAAAGCUGUUCAUUCACAAUAUUCCAUCGAAGAAAUUACUGCUCGACGUCGUGGUAAACGAGCUGAAGAUGAAAAAUUACCAAAGAAAGUUCGGAGUUUCUACAAAAAACAAGACAAACUUAUUUCGACAUUGGAACGUGUACAUCGUCUUAAUUCGAACCCAGAUAGUGAUGAUAGAUUUGAAGGCGUAAAUGAAAUAGACAAUAAAAAGACUAAAGAUGAUGCAAAAUUAAAACGAAAACGUAUUAGCCUUUAUACAAAUAUAUCAUUAUUAGUUAAUAUCUUUCUUCUAAUAGUAAAAAUAAUCGCUGCAUUUAUAUCACAUUCAUUGUCAGUUAUUUCAUCAGUUGUCGACAGUGGUGUUGACCUAGCAUCAAGUGUUAUUCUUUUUUGGGCCACACGUGCCAUUAAACGACGUGAUCCUUUUAUGUAUCCACAAGGCCGAACACGUCUCGAACCAAUAUCUAUUGUUAUUCUUUCGGUAAUCAUGUGUUCGGCAAGUAUUCAAGUGAUAUCAGAAUCAUUACAAACAACUGUUAAUGAUAUUAAAAUGCUUCGAAAAUAUCCAUCAAAUAGUUCUGAAUACGUACAUCCAAUUAAUAUGACAACAUUACCUGUGGCUAUCAUGGGUACUACUAUUGGUAAUUCUGUUCUUUUUUUUCGAUUUAAAUUUGUCUCUUAUACAGAUCAUAUUGACUUAUUUCUAGUACUCAAAUUGAUUCUCUUCAUAUUGUGUUCUCGUGAAACUAGUGAAACAUUAAAUGUUUUAGCACAAGAUCAUCGAAAUGAUGUUUUUUCGAAUUCUAUUGCUCUUAUUUGUGGUAUUUUUGGUUUUCUGUCAAGAAAAAAUCCAAUGCGAUUUCCUGCAUAUUUAGUAUUAGCCGAUUCAAUUGGUGCUAUUUUAAUUUCAAUAUAUAUUUUGAUAACUUGGAUUCGUCAAGCAAAUCAACAAGUCAAACAUUUAACUGGACAUACGGCGAAACCAGAAUUUCUUCAACAGAUAACAUGGAUGGCAUUUCAUCAUUCAUCGUCAAUUUUAAAAAUUGAUACAGUUCGAGCAUUUCAUUUUGGCACAUAUUUUCUUGUCGAGGUAGAUAUUGUUCUUCCAGAAGAUAUGUCACUCAAAGAAGCACAUAAUAUUGGUGAAGAAUUACAGAAGAAAAUCGAAAGCAUUCCUGAAGUUGAACGAGCAUUUGUUCACCUUGAUUAUGAAUUUAAUCAUAAAGCUAGUGAUGAACAUAAAGUUGUUUAA